AUGGAUCAGAUGAUUACGGGAAUCGAUGGAGCUUUCGCGAUUAUAGAUGACAUACUCAUAGCGGGAAAAGAUGUAACAGAGCAUGACAGAAUACUUAAGGAAGUAGUGUCUAGAGCGACGAGCUACAACCUUAAACUCAAUUUCAAUAAAUGCUUGGUCCGUCAACCGUCCGUUCGGUACAUGGGUCAUCUUGUGACGGAGCAUGGGCUGAUGGCGGAUCAAGACAAAGUGUUCGCGAUUGUCAAUAUGCCCGCGCCAACAGACAAAGAAGGAGUCCGAAGACUUCUCGGUCUAGUGCAGUAUCUCGCAAAAUUCAUACCGAACAUGAGUGAAGUUGACGCCCCAAUCAGAACGCUACUCAAAAGUGACAUUGAGUUUGAGUGGGGGCAUACACAAGAGAAGAGCUUCGAAAAGCUCAAAAAGCUUUGCAGCUCACCACCGGUACUUGCGUACUAUGACGUCAGCAAAGAAGUUCAAAUCGAGUGCGAUGCCAGCAAAAAUGGGCUCGGAGCCGUCUUAAUGCAGAGUAACAAAGUAAUCGCGUACGCUUCGCGAGCUCUAACAGAGAAAGAGCAACGGUAUACCCAAAUCGAAAAAGAGAUGUUGUCGAUCGUUUAUAGUUGUCAAAAGUUUCACAGUUACAUCUUUGGCAAAUCGGUGACAGUGUACAAUGAUCACAAACCACUGGAACAAUUAUUUGCCAAACCACUACUCGCGGCACCCAUGCGUAUCCAGAAAAUGAUGCUACGUCUACAGUUGUACGACAUUGAUGUGAAAUACCGCAAAGGAAAGGAAAUGCAUGUGUCGGACGCGCUAUCGAGAGCAUUUCCAAACGCGAACGCGAAAGACAGUGACAUUGCUGAAAUGAUUCAGUUGAUAUCGGUUAGCCCUGCGAAAUACUCAGAAAUCAAACGGGCCACGAAGGAGGAACUCGGAAUCCUUCAUGACAUUAUAGUGAAAGGCUGGCCCGAUACGCGAUCUGAAACGCCGUUUGAAACGAGACCGUACUGGGACUCGAGGGAUCAGCUAUCCGUGCUGGACAGUAUCGUUUACAAGGGACUACGAAUCGUCAUCCCGCCAAGUCUACGCGACAACAUGUUGAGGCUCGUACACAAAACUCACCUCGGGCUCGGUAAAAGCAAGCAGAGAGCUCGUGAAGUUAUGAACUGGCCAGGGAUGAACAGUGACAUUGACACUAUGGUAAGCAACUGCUCAGUGUGUGCAGAACAGCAGAAUCAGCAACCAGCAGAGCCACUGAAGCCGACGCUGACGCCAGAUCUGCCGUACGACAUGGUCGGUUGUGACGUUUUUCAGUUUCGGUCAGAGAAAUACUUGGUAAUUGUUGACUAUUAUUCUAAGUACAUUGACACUGAAAAGCUAGAAUCGGAGACAACUUCAGACAUAACCAGUGCACUCCUAAAAGUGUUCAGCUCACACGGUAUUCCGAACACUCUCAGAUCUGACAACGGACCGCAAUUUAGUUCGUCAGAGUUCAAGACUUUCUGUGAGGAGCAUGGAAUCAUUCAUCAAACUUCCAGCCCACACUUUCAAAGCUCGAACGGGGAAGCCGAAAAUGCUGUACAGACUGUGAAACGCCUGUGGAGCAAGUCUCUGAACAAAAACUUGGCUCUGCUGGACUACAGGACAACCCCUCUGGAUGGAGUGAAUCUAUCACCAGCACAGCUUCUUAUGGGAAGGAGGCCCAGAAACUUGUUACCUGCCUCCAAAGCAGUGCUAAAGCCAAACUCAGUUGAUCCUAAUACAGUUAAAACGCAUUUAGAUCACCAAAAACAACGUCAAAAGCUGUAUUACGACCAGCGCAGAGGGGCAAAAGAACUCGUGCCUCUCCAUAAUGGACAAAAUGUGAGAAUAAGUCCAAAUCCAAACUCACAAAACCCUGGAAAGUGGACACCAGGUAUUGUCGUAGAAAAACACGACAAGCCCAGAUCUUUCGUAGUGCAGAGUGGAAACCGCCUGUACCGACGUAACCGAAAACACCUACGAAUGGCUACUGAAGGUGCAAACAACACGACACAGUGGUCCGGACCAGACGACACACCAACGCAGACAACUGCGGAAACGCCAUCUUCUGCUCCGAACAGACCAGCGCCAAAUCCCAAAGUGCCAGACAAACCAACGUGUACUAGUGAAUACCGUACCCGCUCUGGCAGAUCAGUGAACAAACCUCAAAAGCUUGAUUUAUAG